UUUCCAAGUGUACAACCAGUUCUCAUUUUUUUCAGAGCUGAAGAAUUGUGCUGCCAUUCGAAGAAAACUAAACCGGAUCAUAUCACUUCUUCCACGGGAACAUCUGGACAGUACACCAUUUGAGAUGGAGGCUUCUGUGCCUGAGUAUUAUGAAGUUUUUGAGGAGUUCCGUGGAGUUCUAAUGGACAAACGGUUCACCAAAUAUUGGGAAGAUGUUGAAACGUUCUUGGCAAGGCCAGAUGACCUUGUCAUUGCUACUUAUCCUAAAUCUGGCACCACCUGGAUUAGUGAAGUUGUGUAUAUGAUCUAUAAAGAAGGUGAUGUGGAAAAAUGCAAGGAGGAUGCAAUUUUUAACAGAAUACCUUAUCUGGAGUGCAGAAACGAAGACCUAAUAAAUGGAAUAAAACAAUUAAAAGAGAAGGAAUCUCCCAGAAUAGUGAAAACUCACCUGCCACCCAAGCUCCUUCCAGCAUCAUUUUGGGAAAAGAAUUGCAAGAUGAUCUAUCUUUGCCGGAACGCCAAAGAUGUCGCCGUUUCUUAUUACUACUUUUUGCUAAUGAUAACUAGUUAUCCAAAUCCUAAAUCUUUUUCUGAAUUUGUGGAGAAAUUUAUGCAAGGGCAAGUUCCAUAUGGUUCCUGGUAUGAUCAUGUGAAAGCUUGGUGGGAAAAGAGUAAGAAUUCACGUGUUUUAUUUAUGUUCUAUGAAGACAUGAAAGAGGAUAUCAGAAGAGAAGUUGUAAAGCUAAUAGAGUUCCUGGAGAGAAAGCCCUCAGCAGAGCUUGUGGACAGAAUCGUUCAACACACUUCCUUCCAGGAGAUGAAGAACAAUCCAUCCACCAAUUAUACAAUGAUGCCAGAGGAAAUGAUGAAUCAAAAAGUAUCACCGUUCAUGCGAAAGGGAAUUAUAGGAGACUGGAAGAACCACUUCCCAGAAGCCCUGAGGGAGAGAUUUGAUGAGCACUACAAGCAGCAGAUGAAGGAUUGCACUGUGAAGUUUAGAAUGGAGCUCUGAGACACUUCCUUGUGUCUGAAAUUAGAGUAGUCUGAAAUUUAUCCUUCAGUUUCUCUUGUGAAUUCAGUAGAAGUAGAAGUCUUUUGAAGUUUGAUGGUUUAAUUUCAUUUUUUUCUAAAUUUUAUGUCAAUGUAAAUUUCUAAAUCUUUGACAGCAAAAUCACAUUUUUUUUAUAUAUAAAAUAAGCAUUGUCCUCUAACAGGGUUCAAAGAUUUCUAAUAAAAAUAAUUUGAUGCCUGCA